AUGCCUGAAGAUAAAAGCAAAUCGAUCAAGUCUAAGAAGCGCGUUCGCGACGAUGAGCCUGUCAAUACCCCUCAAUCGAAGCGCCUGGCCCAGCCUUCUACAUCUAGCUCGGGAAAGCGCGGAGCGCAUUUUCGUGCCCCUGCAUUCAUACGAGCAGCUGUACAAGAGCCAGACGUAUCUUCUGAUGCUACCAUCGUGGAAUCUGUCAAAACCCCUCUCAAGUCCGCGCUAAAGAAAGGAUGCAUGAACGACAAAGUAAAUCAAACUUCCCCUACGCCUAUCUCAGAUCAAAAUAAACCCAAGGAUGCGACGGCCAAAGCCAACAAGACCUCGGAGUUUAGCCCUGCGCCUGCUAAAGAGAACCGACCUAUUACAACUAAGCCACCCAGACGCUCUAUUCAUGCACCCUUCGUUUCUCCGAAGAUCAUGAACCCUGCUCUGGCUGCUGCUCUGAAAUCGAAAGCGACUCUUCCAAGAAUGCCAUCCCACGGUCCAGCUCGGGAGUUGACUCUUGUCGAAAAACGGGAUCUGCUCAAACGUGCUGUCCAUGUUACGAAAGAUGACGACACGACAGGCGAGCUCAUUGUCAAGUGGAGAUCGGCAGGACGCGAGAUUAUCACGGACUUCUACAGGCUCGUCAAGGACUCGGGCAUGCUCGAGUCGAUGCCCGAGUCCGAGGAAAAACAGUCCGGUUAUGGGGGCAGUAGUUGGGGCUACGGCCCACAGAUCCAGUCACGCUUCGACACGAGCUGGGGAUGGUUAGAUUUCAGCAAGAAGCCUGAAAGUGGAUGGGGCUGGGGGACUGUCAAUGAACAUAUGGCUGAGGGUGACGGGCACGAGGACGAUUAUGAACGUGACGAUAACGAAGAAAGUGAACUACCAUCCACCGAGCGGCUCAGGAAGGAGCUUGAAGCCGCGCUAGACAAGCCAUUCAAGAAGAGGGAGUCUCUAUUACCGCUUGGGGGAAGUUUUGCAUUUGACGAUGCUGCUGGGGAUGCUAAACGUGGUGCUAUCGAAGAGAGGCUCAAGCUUGUCAAUAAGAAACAAGAAAAGAAGUCGUGGGGGGUGGGUCGAAUGCUUGACGAAUUGGGUAUUCCUCACAAGCUGUUUGGGUGGGAUGAGGAAGAGGAAGACUGGCAGGAUGUGGAAUAA